UGAAACGUAUUACACAAAGCAGUGUCUGUAUUUUAUAGAUAAUUAGUACUUUUAUUUUUAUAACAUCUCUCCUCAUGCUUCUUUAAACCACUGCACGGAAACAGCUCAGAAGCUACAUGACGUGAGCUGAGCAGGAAACUCUGAGCACUUUAACGGGAAGAAGCAAUAAAGUCUCGUGCGCUUUUUUUCGGCCUGUGUUAGGACCCCGUUUAUUAUUAUAAAGGGUUUGCGAUGGACAGGGGAUUAGUCUUCAGUUAGGAUUAAUCCCUGUUAAAGUGUGUAUGAGAAUAGAUCAUCAUACACGGCAUGGAGCGCGCGCUCUCGUGUAAUCUCAGUGGUUGAGAUCAGGGUUUAAUCGCGUUGCCGUGAUUUGGGGUGAAGAUGUCGAUCCAGCUGAAGGACCUGUGGGACCGUAUGGUCGCGUGCUGCCACACGACGUGCCCGUGUUCCCGGGAGAAGCCUGGUCAGACCCGGGACAGUGUUGACGCGGUGGUGAUCGCGAACCCUAAACCACUAGAGACGGCGUCGCGCGUUUUGCCCCCUUUACCCUCUCCUGUGCGCCUGUACACUGCUCUGUGGGAUUACAACGCGCGCACCACUGAGGACUUGAGCUUCCGUGCAGGGGAUCAGCUCGAGGUUAUUGACCAGAGCAGUCCGGACUGGUGGAUCGCUCGAGCGCUGACCGGUAUUUCCGCUGGAACUCAGGGCUACAUACCGGCCAACUACGUGGCACCGCUCGAGAGCCUGCACGCAGAACGGUGGUAUUUUCCUGAUACGAAGCGUCUGGAUGCGGAGAAGAUCCUUCAGUCUGAAGGAAACGAACAUGGCUCAUUUCUCAUCCGAGACUGUGAGAGUCAGCAGGGGGAACUGUCACUGUCAGUGUUGGAUCAGGGGAGGGUGAAGCACUAUAAGAUAAAGCGCUCAGACAGUGGGCAGUACUUUGUGUCGAAGAGGCGGAGCUUCAUCACCCUGAAGGAGCUGGUGGGAUAUUACAGCUCCACGGAGGAUGGACUUUGUGUCCGACUCACACAACCCUGCAAGAAGGCUGAAGCUCCACAGACUCAUGGUCUGUCCUAUAACACAGUGGAUCAAUGGGAAAUUCCACGCAGCUCAGUCCACCUGCUGCGUAAACUGGGAGCUGGACAGUUUGGAGAAGUUUAUGAAGGACUGUGGAACAACACCACCGCUGUAGCUGUGAAAACACUGCGGCCAGGCAGUAUGGAUUCUCAUGAUUUCCUCCGUGAAGCUCAGAUCAUGAAGAAGCUGCGUCACCCGAAGCUGAUCCAGCUGUAUGCAGUGUGUACUGUAGGAGAACCCAUCUACAUCAUCACUGAGCUGAUGAACCAUGGCAGCCUGUUAGAGUACCUACAGAGGGACAGAGGAGAGUUUGUGGGGAUGUGUGAUCAGGUGGAGAUGGGAGCUCAGGUAGCAGCAGGAAUGGCGUAUCUAGAGCUGCAGAACUACAUCCACAGAGACCUUGCUGCCAGGAACGUCCUGGUGGGAGACAACAACAUCUGUAAAGUGGCAGACUUCGGCCUGGCCAGAGUCUUCAAAUCAGAGGGUGAUAAUGUGUAUGAUUGUGAAGACACUGAUGAGGAGUGUGUGUAUGAGGUCAGACAGGGCACUAAACUGCCCGUUAAGUGGACGGCUCCUGAAGCGCUGUAUGAUAACAAGUUCACCAUUAAAUCUGAUGUGUGGAGUUUUGGGAUCCUGCUCUACGAAAUCAUGACCUUCGGACAAAUGCCGUACCCCACUCUCACUAAUCAGCAGGUGGUGCAGAGAUUGCGUACGAGUUACCGCAUGCCAUGCCCUGCAAACUGUCCGAAGCGCAUCUACGACAUCAUGAUGGAGUGCUGGAAGGACACGCCCCCUGACCGGCCCACUUUUGAAACCCUGCAGUGGAAACUUGAGGAGUUUUACGACGUGGACAUCAGCGAGUAUGAUGACACUGGCCGUUACUGAUCAAAUUACCCAUGAUCCACUGCAGCUACACUACAGCAGUGUCCGGCACAUAUGAGCCACGUGUACAGGGACCUGGUGGUCAGUGGAUGAGCAUGUGAUGAAAUCAGAGUGAGUGGGUGGAGCUAAGUGCUGUAUAAUUCUAGACUAUAUUAAUGAUAAAAUCUGUGAGGUUUAUUUAUGACCUGUAUCACAGUACUCUUUAUCUCAUCACCUCAUUAUAUUCCUCUAUAAUAAAACUAUUCCAGCUGAGAGUGUAUUCCCACAGAGCCUGAUGAAACACUGGGAAUAACUCUAUAAUAAAACUAUUCCACCUGAGAGUGUUCAAUAUUCA